UGAUCGACGGAGCAUGUGCGUUUUUUGAAAAGGUUCGUUGCGUCGUUCGUUAGUGAAGCCUAAAGGAAAAUCCUCCGCCUUCUCGAGCGCGUCGGAAUCGCUUAGCACCGCUUAGUGCGCUUUGGUGUCGCGUGAAAAUACCUGUGUUUCUAUUUGCGUUUGUGGGAUGCGCUUAUCGCGUGGUGACUUAUCUCUCGAGGUGGAGUUGAGUCGCGGCUAGUUUCGUUGUAAUUCGUGCGAUUAAGACGCGCGGUUUUCCGAGUGUAAGCCAAUCAAUCUUGCUGUGUGGACAGGAAUUCACAGUUUUCGACUUGUUCGAGAUGUACAGUAGGUGUCACGUCGUUUGAGAGUGGGAAUUAGCGUAUUGGAGAUAGCGCUCGGAGUGUAGUUCCAGUGAACCUAGUGACCCAAAGGGUAACCUUGAAGAUUGUCUCAGCAUUCGUCACGGUGACAGAUAUGGAUUAGAUACUGCGGAGUUACAGUGGAAUUGCUGGAAGUGUUGUGCAACUUCAAAUUUCCAAUCUACAGUGAUCAGUGAUAACACUACCGAAAUUUCUCGGAACAACGAGAACAAAGGUUGACCUUGAUAACCCAAAAUAAUAGUCAUUGGUGAAAUACUUACCUGUAACAGGUGCGGAAUUAAACUGUGUGCAUUGUGCGUACGAGUGUGGGUGUUUGACUGCAAAUCGUGAGACCGGGACCGAAUUCCCGGCCGCUGCCAUCCCAAUUUUUUCCUGCUCUGAGUCCCUGGAAAGCAGUCAAAAUCGUGCUCCAGUGGCAUAUUCCGGGCGAAAGCCCAUUCGAGUUGACCAAGAUUAGCAGCCUGUCGGAUAUCGGCGGUGCCGGUGGACCAGGCAGCGGUAUGACGGUGCCAGUGCAACGCAACUCGAUGGCCGUGCUGCAGCCGCCCCGGUCACGGUUCAUGAUAACCGACAUCCUGGCCGGAAGUCAGACCCACCACCAUCAACAAUCCGGUGGAGGAGGCGAUGGCAACAGCACCGGCGGUGCGGACAGCAUCAACGGCAGUAGCAGCGAGGGCCGUACGCCCAGUCCGGGACCGCGGGAUCUCAGUCUGGUGCCGGGGGGCGGCCAUCACCAUCAUCAUCAUCACCAUAUGCACCCGGCCGCGGCUGCGGCGGCGGCGGCUGCAGCAGCCGGUAUGGGCGGCCUGAAUCCGGCCGCCAUGCAGCAUCAUCCGGGACUGCAGCACCUGCACCAUCAGCUGAGCCAGCACCACCACCACCAUCACUUGGACGACGACCAGGACGAUGUGAAGAGCGAAAGUGAUAGCGAGGACAUGGAUAAUUCCAGCGUGUGCAGCAACGGUGGCAAGGACGAGGAUGGCAACAGCAUAAAGAACGGCAUGGGCCUCGGCUCCUCGGGGCUGAGUAAAAAGCAACGCAAAGCGCGAACCGCCUUCACCGACCACCAGCUGCAGACGCUGGAGAAGAGCUUCGAGCGGCAGAAGUACCUGAGCGUGCAGGACCGGAUGGAGCUGGCCAAUAAGCUGGGCCUAAGUGAUACCCAGGUCAAGACGUGGUACCAGAAUCGAAGAACCAAAUGGAAGCGACAAACGGCGGUGGGUUUGGAGUUGCUAGCCGAGGCCGGCAACUACGCCGCCUUCCAGCGCCUGUACGGAGGCCCCCCGUAUCUGGGAGGAUGGCCCUAUCCGGCCCAAGGACCUCCAGGGGCUCCCCAGAGUGCGGUGGACGUUUACUAUCGCCAUGCGGCAGCUGCUGCAGCCCUGCAGAAACCUCUACCCUACCGGAUUUACCCGGGAGUUCCUGGCCUUGGAACGCUAAACACCAUCCCUGGACCCAGUGCCCCCUUUCCUCAUCUGUCCGCUUCGUCGUCCCUGUCCUCAUUGAGUAGUUACUACCAGGCGAGCAGUCAACAGGCAGUGGCAGCUGCGGCUGCUGCCGCGGCCAAUCAAUCCGGGAGCAGCCUCAGUCCGGGAGCCAAUCCUCCGACGACACCCAGCAACGGAAGUCCUCCAGGAAGCCAACAACACCCGCAUCAUCCGACGAACAUCACCUCCGCCACCAACAACAGCAACAACCCGCGAGGAUCGACGACGCCCAGCAACAGCAGUCAACCGCGGCGAUCGCCCAGUCCAACGCUCAAUCCGGGAAGCCCACCGGGAAGAUCGGCGGACAGCAAUCCUCCGAGCGAUGACGAGGACGAAAAUAUCCAGGUUUGAGUCGUUGUAGUUGUUGCCACUAACACCAGCUCAACAGAACCAGGACGCGGAAACAUGUGAUUAUACGGUUUAGCAAACCGAUAAAGAAAAACAAAACGAAACACUCAUAUACGUAUAAAUAUUAUUGUAUAGAAGAGAACGCGUGUGGCGAUGAAUGUGUAGUAAGCAAACAGGAAAAUGUAGUGAUUAUUAUUUUUAAUAGCAUUUAUUUAAAGCAAGCAACACACAUUUUAUAAGUGGGGAACGAUUUGGCGAAUCUUUCCGGCAGACGAAAACACGCGCGCUAGAUUGAGAGUUUUCCGAAAACAAUUUAACUGCACUUUGAUGGGAAAAAAUUAAGUACAACACUUACCCGUCAAAACCGGUUCGAUACCUUGCGUAGUUCAACCAACCUUUGUGUGAUCAUAUUUGCCAAAGAACAGUGAAAAACAACUUCUCGACACUAACUUUUUCACUGGAAAAACUAAACUUGUGACUCACUCCAAUGUUGACAAACUGCAGCAGCAUCAGAUUACUUCGAUUGAAAUCCACCAAUAUCGAUCGACUGUUGGUGAAGAGUGAUUGUUUUCGGAAAACUGUCGGCUUGCUGUGAUCCAAAAUCGACACCGUUAGCCGCGCGAAGGGUAUUCGCUAAAAUGUUCGAAAGUUUAACUGAAACAAAAAGAAAAUUGUUGUAAAUAUUUAUUUGAUGUAGAAUCGAAAAACAGUGGCAGCCCAAACAGGCAGAAACAAAAUCGUCCCGAUAAAAUUGAACAGCAAAAAUUACGAAUUCGUUCUCUCGCAAAGCUCAAGCGCAUCACGUCAUAAUCAUCAUCAUCAUCGUCAGAGUUAAAAACUGACAACAGUUCGUACGUUCGUUCGUUUUUCCAUUUUUUUCGUUUUUAAAUUAAUUGAUGAGUCGGCCGCAAUGUGGUUAAAAUAUCGCUUCUUACUUUGUUCUCAUUUCUCUGUUGUAUAGCUAAUGGUUAGUAGAAACAAAACUGUAAGAGAAAAAAUAAACGAAAUAAAAACGCCAAGGUAGAGACGCUCGAAAUAAAAAAAAAAGCCCUUCCAUAAUUCUCCCUUCUAUGGUUGCUCUGGAGAGGGCGAAAACUAAAGUUUAUUUUCAACGUAUAGUAUCUUAACUUAUGGUAGUAGUAUUUUGAAAUAAUUAUUUAAUUAUUUUUAUAAUUGUAAAAUGUUGUAAAGUUUUUCUCCCGUUUCCUAAACGACAGACACAGGUUCGAAAGUUUCCCAAAAUUGUUGUUGAUCAAAAUGUGAAUUUUUAACGAUAGAAACAAAAAAAAUUACAACGCUUUCAAAUUUCUCUCAUUUUAACUCAAAAAAAAAUCAACUCAAACAAACCCCAAGUGAAUGAAAACCAGGAAAAAAAACAGGAAUCAAGCUCAGUGAUUGCUCAACCGGAAUCCCAGUGAAUUAAUGAAACAAAUGUAUGCAAACCGUGAACAGUAGUACCCCAUUUGUAUGUUUUUUUUCCUUCGCUCUCCAUAAAUGUAAAUUAUGGAUGGAAUUGGAACAAAUUUGUUUUUGUUUUGACGUCCCACUGGGGCCCCUUGAUAAAUUGUAACCGAAAAUUCAAAACACUUCACUUCCUUCGCCUACUGUUUGAAGCAGAAAAAAACUCAUAUCCAGUCUUUUGAACAAACUUUUCUCCAACAAAUAGACAACAUGAACGUAUGAAAGCCAUUUCAUUAGUUCCUCAAGCAAGGUUAGAUUAAUCACACGGGUAACUCACAACUGAAACUGUCAAAACGUCAAACGCAACCGUUUGACGUUUGGCAGCAGUAACCGAAACCGAAACCGAUUUGCCAAACUGACCCAGAGCAUAUGCAGCAACAGCAGUAGCAGUUUCGAGCCAAUUAUGUUAAAUAUAGUUAAAACGCGAAGCAGUAUUAGAGCAGAUCGAAUAAAACUCAAGGCUAAUUUUCUUCUCGUACGACCCCCCACAUCCCCCGUCUUAGGUUAAUUUUGCCAGCAUGAAUUACAUAAAUGAUACAACAGAUAAAACAAAAACACAUCAGCUCAGCGAUGUCAACGAUAGCGACAACAACAGGUUUAAAAAUGUUAAAGGAGUUUUUAGUUCGUUUUAAGGUCCCCCCCCCUCCCAAACUGACUAGUGAUAUUAGAUAAAUGUAAACAAAUACAUUUUAUUUUUGGAAUGAACAAAUCAGUUUUGUUGUUUUGACUCUUGUUUCCCGAAUCAUAAUCAAAUGUAAAAAAAAAUCAAAAUAACAUUCCCCCAAAAACGCAUACGAACAAAAAUCACAAAUAUGGAAAGAGAAAAUUCGGACGCGGAACGCUUAAGAGAUAGUUAGCUAUUUGAAAAAUUGUACAUAUGAAACUAUAAAUAUCUAUAAACAAACAAAACAAUAAACAACAAACUGUAUCCGGUGUUUUUGUAAGCCAACAACAACAGCAAACAAAGUUCUCACACGCGCUCACAAACGAAAACACAGCUGUGAGAUGAGACGAAGGCCCUCAGUGAAGAAAUAACGCACUAUUUAAAAACAUUAAUUGUAUAUAGAGUAUACCUGCAGUGCUUCUCAAACAACAACAGCAACGGACUUUGUCAAGAGAAGCGAAAGGGAUAAACAACAAACAAACAAUUGUGUAUAGGAAAAUGUGUGCACACACACCGUGUACAAGUGGAGGUUUAAAAAUUAUAAAACAACAAACAAAACAAACAAUUACUGAGAAAUAAAAUCUUCAAAUUUUAUUGAAAAUUAA